AUGGCCACUGGGUCAGAGACUGAUAGGCUUGCUUUGCUUGCUUUGAAAGAUAAGUUAACAGAUGGCAACCCUGAAGCUCUGUCUUCAUGGAAUGAUUCCGUCCACUUCUGCAAAUGGCAAGGCGUUACGUGCAGUCUCCGUCACAUGAGAGUCUCAGCUUUGAACUUGACAAAUCAAAAUCUGGAGGGCACUAUUGCACCAGCAUUAGGUAACUUAACCUUUCUCAAACUGCUCAAUCUUUCGUAUAAUGGAUUGCAUGGUCAAAUUCCCAAACAGAUUGGUCGUCUUAGACGACUGCAAUAUCUGCAUUUGAGAAAAAAUUAUCUCGAGGGAGAAGUCCCUGUAGAGUUGGCAAAUUGUUCCAAACUCCAGCAAAUUUACUUUACUGAGAAUAAUUUGACCGGCGAAAUUCCCUUCUGGUUCGGAUCUAUGCAGCAAAUUACAAGGUUGAAUCUCGCUGCUAAUGAAUUUCAUGGCACAAUACCACCUUCUUUGGGAAAUCUUUCAUCACUGGAGCAUUUGUAUCUUGCGUCUAAUAAUUUGGAGGGAAGUAUACCCCAACCUCUCGGUGGACUUUCAAAUUUAUACAAGCUCUCUCUUGCUAGCAACAAUCUUUCUGGCAUAAUCCCCAUUUCACUUUAUAAUCUUUCUCGCAUGGAAGAAUUAAGUUUUGAUUACAACCACUUUUCUGGAACUAUUCCGUCAAAUAUUGGCCUUGUUUUUCCAAAUCUUCGAUAUUUUUAUGCGGGACACAACUUGUUGACAGGAACUAUUCCAGCUUCAUUAUCCAACAUCUCUCAAAUGCAACAAUUUGCAAUAUAUGAAAAUGCUUUUAGGGGUCUAGUCCCUACCUCUUUGGGAAGACUACAAAAGCUUCGUAUAUUUGAGAUUGACACAAAUAAUUUUGGGAGUGAAGAAGGUCAUGAUCUAGAUUUCCUUUCAUCAUUAACAAAUUGUAGUCAAUUGCAAGAAAUAGAGAUGCUAUAUAAUAGAUUUAGCGGUGUAUUGCCAAAUUCAAUUGGGAAUCUCUCUUCCCAGCUUGAAUGGCUUAGUAUGGGAUCCAAUCAUAUCACUGGAAGCAUACCUAAUGAGAUUGGGCAACUAGAUGGAUUAACCACCCUUAAUUUAGAACUUAACUUCCUCCAAUGCACAGUUCCACAUUCAAUUGGAAAGCUUGAAAAUCUUGGGCAGUUAUAUCUAGCAGGAAAUCAAUUAUCUGGUAGGAUUCCUGAUAUCUUUGGAAAUCUUACUAAGUUGUUUACACUUACGUUGUCUAUAAAUAAUUUCGAGGGAACUAUUCCAAUAAGCCUCAAAUAUUGCAAAGGUAUGCAACACUUGGACAUAAGUCAUAAUAACUUGAGUGGGAAUAUACCAAAGCUAACUUUUGGUCAAUUAGAAAGCAUAAUUCAUCUUGAUUUGUCUUCCAAUUUCUUGAUUGAUUCCAUUCCAUCCGAGAUUGGUAACAUGAAGCAAUUAGUGGAAUUACGUCUCAGUGAAAAUAGUUUUUCUGGUGAUAUUCCAAUAGAACUUGGGGAAUGCUUACAAUUGACAGAUCUUGAUAUGAGUGGGAACUUCCUUCAUGGAACUAUCCCCUCAUCGUUCAGUUCCUUGAAAUCCCUCAUCAACUUAGACCUUUCCAACAAUAACUUAUCAGGCACAAUCCCACAACAACUAAAAGAUCUUCCGAUAUUGAAGAUUUUGAACCUAUCUCACAACCAUUUUUAUGGUGAGGUUCCAAAAGGAGGAGUGUUUGAUAAUAUCACAGCUAUUUCACUUGCGGGAAACGAGGAUCUCUGUGGCGGUAUACCUCAACUAAAGCUACCUACAUGCCCAAGUAAGUCAAAGAAGCCUUUCAAAGUUAUAAUACUUAUCAUUGUGACAAGCAGUGCUCUUACUUGUGUUGCAAUUUGCCUCAUCAUUUUCAAGAGAAGAAAACAUAAAAAGUUGUCUUCCUCCCCUUCUUCCUCACAAAAUGCUCAUGUGAGGGUUUCUUAUAAAGAGCUGCAUGAUGCAACCAAUGGAUUUUCUUCAUCCAAUUUGGUUGGUGUAGGAAGCUUUGGUUCUGUAUAUAAAGGAACUCUUCAGCACUUUGAAGGUUUUAUUGCCGUGAAGGUGCUCAAUCUUCAAGCACAUGGGGCAUCAAAGAGUUUCAUCACAGAAUGCAAGACUCUUAGUAAAGUCCGGCAUAGGAAUCUUUUGAAGAUUCUGACUUCAUGUUCAAGCGUUGAUUACAAUGGCAAUGAUUUUAAGGCCCUUGUUUAUGAGUUCAUGCCUAAGGGGAGCUUGGAGAAUUGGUUGUCGGCGAAUGAACUUGAUGAACCUAGAGAUCUACAUUUGAAUUUCGGACAUAGAUUGGAUGUAGCCAUAUAUGUGGCUUAUGCUUUGGAUUAUCUUCAUUAUGGUUUUGAGGAAACUAUCGUUCAUUGUGAUAUCAAGCCAAGUAAUGUUCUUCUUAGUGAUGAUAUGGUUGCGCACUUAGGAGACUUUGGAUUAGCUAGGCUUCUUCAUGAAGUUACAAGCUACUCUAGUGUGGGCCAAACUACAUCUUCGGCAAUUAAGGGAACAAUUGGCUAUAUUCCUCCAGAGUAUGGAGAAAGUGUCCAAGUUACAACAAAAGGGGAUAUCUAUAGCUAUGGGAUUCUUAUGCUUGAGAUGCUCACUGGAAAGAAGCCGACAGAUAGCAUGUUUCGUGAGGAUCUAAGCCUACGCAAAUUCUGCAUGCUAGCAUUACCUGAUAGAGUCCUUCAGAUUGUGGAUCCAAAUUUGCUUGUUCUAUCUGAUAGAGACCAUAGGAAAAUUAUGCAGAAUUCAAAUAUGGAACGCAACAUUCAAGAGUGUCUGGCUGGCUUUGCUGGGAUUGGUGUGGCAUGCUGUGCAGAAUUGCCUGGUGAAAGAAUGGAUAUCAAAGAUGUUUAG